UGUCCCUACAGCUUUCCGGAGAUGUUGGUUGCUGGUUUCUUUUCAGCUCUCAGAGUUGGCAGUGCAAGAACAAGACAGUCGGAGAGACAGGCAAAGAGGCAGGUGCUGUGAGUCUUACUGAGACAUUAUGUCCAAUCCCAGUGCUCCCCCAAGUUAUGAUGGAAAAAGCCUCCUCUACCCACCACCAUAUGAUGGAUAUUCUGGGGCAUAUCCUGCUGGAUGCCCCGGGGCUGACCCACAGCCACCACCGUAUAGUGCUGUCUCUCCACAGCCUGGAGGCUACCCUCAGCCAGUUCCUCCUUUGGAAACACUUCCAGUGAACUUUAGUGACAGGUCUGGCAGCAGUGGCAGGGAAGAGUAUGGGCAUUUCAGUCCAACAGGCUGGGACAACAAGAAAGUUCGACAUGCUUUCAUCCGCAAGGUUUAUGGCAUCAUCUCAGUGCAGCUGCUCAUGACUGUGGGCAUCAUCGCUAUUUUCACCUUUGUCACCCCUGUAAGCAGUUUUGUGCGAAGGAAUAUUGCUGUGUAUUAUGUGUCUUAUGCUGUAUUCCUGGUCACUUAUCUGGUAUUGGCAUGCUGUGAAGGCCCACGGAGACGCUUCCCAUGGAACAUCAUCCUUCUGUCUGUCUUUACAUUGGCCAUGGGAUUCAUGACUGGCACCAUUACUAGCAUGUAUGAUACAAAAGCUGUUCUCCUUGCCAUGAUAAUAACAGCUGUAGUGGCCGUAGCAGUCACCGUCUUCUGCUUCCAGACAAAGGUGGAUUUCACAUCCUGUACUGGCUUGUUCUGUGUAUUGGGCAUCGUUGUCAUGGUGACUGGGAUUAUCACAGCAGUUGUCCUGUCUUUCAAAUAUGUUUACUGGCUCCAUAUGCUAUAUGCAGCUAUCGGUGCAAUUGUUUUCACCCUGUUUCUUGCAUUCGAUACCCAGUUGGUGUUGGGCAACAGAAGACACACAAUCAGCCCUGAAGAUUACGUCUUUGGAGCCCUCGAGAUCUACAUGGACGUAGUCCGCAUCUUCCUCUUCCUCUUGCAGAUUGUAGGCCGCAGAAAUUAGGAGGCCGAAACCCUGUUUUGCUUGUGAACAUUUUGCAACUUUUCCCACAGUGAAAUACUUUUCUUUCUGAACUUAAUAUUCUGCUCCUUUGCUCUUAUAGAAGUUACUAGUGGAUUCACAUGGUAGACAGAGUUACAGCUACAAGUGGGAGGCUGCAGAUUCUGUACGGUGUGGGCAUUGACUGUAAUCUAAAAAACUACAGGGCUUUCUUUAAUCUAAAAACUACAGGGUUCACAUCAGAUUUAUAUUUUGAAUAAGACAAACUUUAGUCUUUGUGUGGUGGAGUGACCAGAGAUUACAUUAUCCUAGACACACUUGUUUUGGAAUAAAUCACUCUGAAAUCACUGUUGACUUCAGAGUAACAAGGCUUGUUACUCAAGCUAUAAAGUAAGGUGAUAAUAGAUAUGUGGAUGCGAUGAGUCUUAGCGGUGUGGAAUUCUGCAAUGAGUCUUAGCUGUGUGAUAGAACUCAGUUUGCAGACAGAAUUCUGCCCAGAUUCACUCAUCUAAAAGAUUUAAAACAGCUGUGCCGUGAAAGGUUUCUGUCUGAACCACUGGAGAGUUGCUUGCAGCCAGACAACACUGGGUUAGAAUGAUGAAGGUUCAUGCAUUCAUUGUUUCUAGAUCUGGUAUCAUUGAUUUGCCCAUAUACUUAAUUCUGUUUCUGUAGGCAACAGUGUAAUUUGCCUAUCCCAAAACCAAAACUGUUCACAUAAGUCAAGUAUAAGUACUUGCCCCUCAAAACCCUCACAGGUAGUCCUUAUGUCACAAGUUGAAUAAGGGUUUUCCACCACAACUACAUCAUCAUGAAACUGAAUCUUUGGAUUGUAAUAGCUAGUCAGUGGAGCAGGAAGGAGAGCCAGCUCCUAAAACACAAUCUCUUGUAUGAAUUAAGACUACAAGCAGAGCUCAUUUGAGCUUGCUUACAGGUCAGAACCGUUGAUGUCAAUUGUAGCAGUUUCUGGAAGCCUUUACCAGCAGAAUAACUGCUUGAAGCUCUGCCUUGUGGAGGAAUUGUUGUUUGGUGCCUUCCAUGAAAUGACUUUGAGUUGGGGUUUUUUAACAUCUACAUGGCUUGUAGAUGUUAUCUAUAUCCCCCCCCCCCCUCUUCUGUUGAUGGCUCCAAAACUAGUGAUAUAAUCCAGACAACUUGUCAAGAAAGAAGCAAGAUAAAAUGUUUAGGUUUUCUCUGAUUGCGCAUGGGGUGCAUUUACUUUGACUAUCAGGUUGGAAUUUGAACACGUAUGUUGAUUGGAUUAUACAUAUUGCAUGCUGGAUUAGAAUCAUAGAGUUGGAAAGGACCUCCAGGGUCAUCUUGUCCAACCCUCUGAACAAUACAUAAAAAUACCUCACCCCCACACCUCCAUGUCCAGAAGAUGUUAAAAAAAAAACCCUCCAGGAUCUCUGGCCAAACUGACCUGGAGAAAAUUGCCUCCUGGCUCCAAACUGAUGGCCAGCAUUUCCCUGGGCAUGUAAGAAAGGACCACAAGAACUAAGCACUAAUGCAGCUCUUCCUGCCCUCCCUCCCUCCCUCUCAUGAUCUGCCUAAGUUUACAGACUCAGCAUUGCUGUCAGAUGGCCAUCUUAGCCUCUGAAAACCUCCAAAGGAGGAGAACUCACCACCUCCUAAGAAAGCCUGUUCCACUCAAGAACUGCUCUGUGAAGAUGUUUCUUGAUUUAAUUUCAACCCAUUGGUUCUGCUCCAACCUUCUGGGGCAACAGAAAACAACUCUUCACCAACCUCUAUAUGACAGCCCUUCGAGUACUUUUUUACUUACAACAACGCACUUUGGAUAUGAUAAGAAUAAAUUUUAUUGUAUCGUAGUUAUUAAUUUCUUGUACUUGGUGGCCCUUAUCACGUUGUAGUUUCUUGUAGGUGACUGUUUUACACGCUGUGAUUCCACUUGACAGUUCUGCUUCUACAACCUGAGCAUGCAGAAGCUGUCUGCUAUUUAACCAACUUAAUUUCUGCUCCAGUUAUCAAGCACUUUAGGCUGCAUUGUGUAGCCAGCUGCAGCUGUAUCCUUAAACCUUAGCACUUCCCUGUGAUGAAAUGCUGGAGAUACAAAAUAGCACAAAUUAUUAUUUGUCUUCAAGUUGUUGCUGACUUAACAGUGACCCCAUAGGGUUUUCAAGGCAAGAGACAAUCAGAGGUGGUAUACCACUGCCUAUCUCUACAUAUUCCUUGGUCUCCUGGCCCUGCUUAGAUUCCAAGAUCUGACAAGAUCAGGCUAGCUUGGGCUAUCCUUAAGGAUAGAUUAUAUAGAAUGAUUUAAAGGUGUAUGUCUGAAAGGACUGUUGAAUAUAGGGUUGCCAAUCCCCAGGUGGGGGCAGGGGAUCCCCCAGUUUGGAGGCCCUCCCCCUGCUUCAGGCUCGUCAGAAAGCGGGGGGGGGGGGAGGGAAAUGUCUGCUGGAAACUCUCUUAUUCCCUAUGGAGAUUUAUUCCCAUAGAAAAUCAUGGAGAAUUGAUCCGCGGGUUUCUGGGGCUCUGGAGAGAUGUUUUUUGCGGUAGAGGCACCAAAUUUUCAGUAUAGCAUCUAGUGCCUCUCCCCAAAAUACCUCUAAAGUUUCAAAAAGAUUGGACGAGGGGGUCCAGUUCUAUGAGCCCCAAAAGAAGCUGCCCCUAUCCUUCAUGAUUUCCUAUGGAAGGAAGGAAUUGAAAAGGUAUGCCGUCCCUUUCAAUGUGAUGGCAAGAACUCCCUUUGGAGUUCAAGUAUGCUUGUCACAGCCUUGAUCUUGGCUCCACCCGUAAUGUCUCCUGGCUCCACCCCCAAAGUCCCCAGAUAUUUCUUGAAUUGGACUUGGCAACCCUAGUUGAAUAUGAUUCCUGUUAUAACCAGGCAAAUGGUCAUUGAUUCUGGACUGCCAAUAGCCUUGUUACCUCCAAAAGAAACAGAGGUACAAAAGUUAAAACUAGUGGAUAGCUGACCUUAGGAGCUAUUAUACUGAUAGUCCAGUUCAAAGAUUAGUUGGUGCACAGUAUGCUCUUUGGCUGGUGAUCGUGUCACCAACCCUUACCCAUGUAUGAAUAAAGGGCUAGAAAGUGACCACUUUAUCCCCCCCCCCCAAAUAAUCUUAGCUAUAGGGUCUCCACUCUCAUUGAGCUGGUUGGUACACUGGAAUUUUGAGAACAGGGAGUGAAUGUCACCAUUUAAUGGCUACUGGGGGAUUUUGAGGCCAUAAUAAUUUGGGGGUUGCAAGUCAAACACUCUCCUAUAAUGGAGGGUCCUGGGUGAUGCAUUCUCCUGGCUUCUACUGAACCAAGACAGAACUAGUGUUUGCCUUAGGAAGGCGCAAUGAAUACCAGGAGGACACCUGUUGGGCACCUUGGGUAUCCAAUUCAAAAAAGCAGGGGAAGAAGUGCCUAAAUACACAGUGUCCCCAUUUGCCUCAGUUUGCUAUCUUAGUGGGAAGGAACAAGGUCAAACGACUAGUGCCUGAAGCGCUCAGAGAUGGGUUGAGGAGCAAACAGUUGUUACAUUUUAUUAUCUUAUUAUUUUGGGGAGGGAUGGGGGCUCAGUGGUAGAGCAUCUGCUUGGGAAAGCAGAAGGUCCCAGGUUCAAUCCCUGGCAUUUCCAAAAAAGGGUCCAGGCAAAUAGGUGUGAAAAACCUCAGCUUGAGACCCUGGAGAGCCGCUGCCUGUCUGAGAAGACAAGACUGACUUUGAUAGACCGAGGGUCUGAUUCAGUAGAAGGCAGCUUCAUAUGUUCAUAUCUGCAAGAAACACCAGAAUGUGGAUUGUGAAGGAUGCAUGAUUCAGUGCAUCGUUUGUGUCUUGCAUGCAACAGGAGAAUUUGCUUAUUUUAUAUGGGUGUUCUAGGCUUUCCCCAAAAAACAUUUAGUGCCUUCUUUUCAGAAGCUGGAGAUGUUUCCUGGUUCUCUGAGUGAGUCUCAGGUAAAUUUGGUUUGUAGACUGAAGAGUUUGAGUAUGUUCCAAUCUAUUUUUGUUAACAGAUGUUGAAUGGAGGAGGUUGGUUAAUACAAUGUAAAUGUACAAAACAUUCACUCCCCCCUCCCCAUUUAUAUAAGUUAAAUCUACCGACCAUACACAAUAGAUGCUGUAUAAAAAUGUAAAAAUAAAUGUAAAAUAAAA